AUGCCCCCCAAAGACUCCAACAAGAAGAAGUUUGCUACGUUUGCUGAUCUCAAUGCCUCAGGCAGCGGAUCUGGCUCUGGGAAUUCGCGUGACCGCCCAGGUUCCGGAUCAGCAUCGCCUUUUGGCAGUAGAGACGAGCGCGAUCCAAAUGAUUUAUAUACGGGCGGUGAAAAAUCAGGGCUGGCCGUCAUAAACCCCAACAACAAUAAUAAUAAUAACGGUGCAGGAUCAUCUGGUGCCAGCUCACGCAGCAGUGAUACUUCCUCUAUCGGUGCUCAUUUGGUUAAUGAAAUUAUGCGCCACGCACGCGAAAACCGGCCACGCAUACAAGCCGAAGAUAGUGAUGAAGAAGAGUAUGAUGAAGAUGACGAGGAAUCUACCGAGGCUCGUAAGAGACGUGCAUUUCAAGGACGAGGUCACCAGCUAAAUGAAAGCAGCGAUUCGGCUCAAGGUGAUGGGGAUGAAUCGGAAGAUACUGAAGAUGUGUUUGCACGACAGAUGGAAGAAUAUGAGCGCGCCCGCAACACCCGUGUUACGCGUCAUUUGACAUUUUGGCGUAAUGGAUUCACAGUGGAGGACUCGCCAUUGUAUCGUUAUGACGACCCGGCAAACAUACCCCAUUUGCGUGCAUUGGACCAAGGCAUGGCUCCUCUGGCACUUUUGAAUGUGCUCCCCGGCCAGGCUGUGGAUCUUAAUGUCAUACAGAAGAAAGAUGAGGAUUAUGUUGAACCCAAGCGCAAGCCUGGUGGUUACCAUGGCGCUGGAAGACGUCUGGGUUCACCUGUGCCCGGCGAGGCUCACAUUAUUGCUGGUUCUUCGUCUACUAAGGACGAAGAAGGAGAAUCAGCGUCCAAGUCCUCGGAAGCUGCGGCUCCUGCAGCCCCUGUUUCCAAUGAAGGAGAGGGCGAUGCCGUUGUGCAAAUUCGUCUUGCUGAUGGAUCGCGUCACAAGCACCGGUUCCAAUCUGCCGGUCCGGUAGAGCAACUUUAUACUUUUGUGGACCAAAUAUUAACGGAGUCUGGCGGUAAUUCUGCAGGCCGAACCUGGGUACUUCAGACGACUUUUCCGAAUCGUGAACUGACAGAUCGGUCACAAGAUCUCAAAGCUGCUGGUGUUGUCGGUGCUGUUGUUGUUCAAAAAUUGACUUGA